AUGGCUUCAUCAACAAGCAUGGUGAUGGCAGAACACAUCGAAAAACGUACUUGGUUUGAACGUGGUGAAAGAUUAUUGUAUCGUGUAGAAUCCAAUCGCCGUGAAAGUUUUGAAACAUGGCCGUUAGCUCAUCUUUUAGAUAUUUUUGAAUUGGCUUCUGCUGGAUUCUAUUAUACCGGAGUUGGUAACUUUGUAUGUUGUUUUGAAUGUGGAGUUAAAAUUAACGAUUGGACUUUGGGUGAUAAUCCUUGGCUUGAACAUCAUCGAAACAAACCAAGCUGUAGAUUUGUACGCCGAAUACCAUGUGGAAAUGUCCCUGUGGGCAUCCACCCUGACACCGUGGCUGUACCUACUUUCUACCCUUAUCGGAAAAAUAUUUCUCCUGUAAUUUCACCGUCAUUCCGUUAUUCAUAUUAUUCAGCGGCGGUAUCAAGACUUGAACAUCGAGAAUUUUUAAGUCUUUUUGAUUAUGUACCACCACCGUACCCUGAUCCACACCCUGAGAUUGAUGUUAAAACUGCCAAGGUUCGACAAUACUUGACUUAUGACGUACGCCUGAAAUCAUAUGGAUAUUGGCCUAGGCACAUGAGCCAGACGAAAGAAAAGCUAGCUGAGGCCGGAUUUUUCUACACUGGUAUUGAUCCAUGGGAAGAACAUGCACGUUAUUUUAAAGAAUGUUUUGUACGUGUUAUCAAAGGACAAGAAUUUAUUGAUCAUUUUAAAAUACCUCAAACCGAUGAUCAACCAUCAGACGAUGAGGAAGCAGAAAGUAUAUUAUUUUUACCAUGUAGACAUUUUGUUUCUUGUGGAAAUUGUUCAACUGAUUUAAAAAAAUGUGUUAUAUGUAGAGCAGAUAUUGAAAACAACUGUACAACUGUACGACCAAUUAUUUCAUAA